AAAGUAAGAAAGUAGGGUUAAACUCACGGGCAUAUGAGAACUUUUUAUCAAUCUCGUGGCAUAUGAGUGUUUUAUAACGAAAUAUUCACAAAUAUCUUGAAAAAUAGUUAUUUGAUGACAAAAGUUAUGUAUCUCUUUUUUUUAUGGUUUUCUUUUUGAUUUAAGAUUAACUAUUCACCCACUAGUAGAAAAAUACUACUAUUACUGUUAUGUGAUAAAUACUUUUUCAGUUAAUCCUCAGAUGAUUAUUAUUGUAAUGCCUGAUCCACCUAUAUUUCACCCUUUACAAUCCUUACCAUCCAUGGAAAACAAAAUUAAAAAGUAACUUGAGUAACUUUUGGGUGGAUUGAGCCCUUGUUGAUGCAAACUAUCUUGGUCUUCAUUCCCUUGGCUUGGGUUUCACUCAAAGUUGCAACUGGACUCACCUGCUUUGGAAUGAUUUGUAAAAGUAAACAUAAACGAGACUCAUUAUUAAAGCUUGAGUUUGUGAUGGAUUCACAUUAUGGCUGAAUCAUAUAUAGAUCAUGAGUUAGGGCUUGACUCAUGAUAUAAGCUUCUGAGAAUUUUGAAUUUGCAAAUUUGUGGAGUUUAUGACUCCUAACUGAUAUGGGUAUUGAGGAUUCUACAAGAGUUGGUUGAUAACUUGCUAUAGAUGAGUGUUGUUACAGAUAAGGUCAAAUAAGGUUUGAACCAAUAAACUGGUAUCAGGGAUCGUGAAUCCUAUGGUAUUACGUACUAGAUAAUUUUUUUGAGUUUUAUCAAUUGUUAAUCCUUAGAUAUGCAUUGUCUCAUAGAUUUGUUGAAGGAGUUGAGAUCGAGUAAAUUGGAUGAUAUAAUAUGAAUGAUAAAUUAAAUUCCUAUUCCAUCUUUUCUUCAAUUGCCCAACGAAUAACUUCAACAUGUCCUAAUAAGUCACAAUAAUCCUAAUCAAUAUAAAAUCAAUAACAUUAGACUAGUUGAGCAUAUUUUACCACAAAAAUACUCAAUGGACGAUAAAAGUAGGAGUAAAUUAACACUAAAACAUAUAUAAAUAUGCUCAACAUCACUGGCCUGCACCAUAUGCUAACUUUCUCUGGGACAUUUCCAGUUUUCUAGCUUGAAAAAAGCAUCUCUUCCAUGAGAGACAUCAAAAUUUUCCGCACUGCUUUUGGAAUUUUAGGAGAUGUUUUUGGUUUAUUACUGUUCAUGGCGCCCAUAUUUUGACACUACAUACAGGAUUACAUUCAAAAGGAUUAUUAGGAAGAGAUCAACAGAACAGUUCUCUUGCAUGCCUUAUGUAAUAGCUCUGCUCACUUCCUUGGUCACAGCUUGGUACAGUUUACCUUUUGUGUCACCAGACAACCUGUUGGUAACUAUCAUUAGUUCCAUAGGCAUUGGCCUGGAGGCAACCUAUGUGCUUAUUUUCCUCAUAUUUUCCUCCAAGAAAGAGAAGGCCAAGAUCUGCGGAUACCUCUUUGUGGUCUUUUCCAUCUUCUCAUGCCUCGCCUUGGUUUCCAUGUUAGCAUUUAAGGGCAAUAAAAGGAAACUCCUUUGUGGCUUUGCGUACGCAGUUUCUUGCAUUAUGAUGUAUGGUUCUCCUCUCUCUGUAAUGAUGCUGGUGAUCAAAUCUAAAAGCGUGGAGUACAUGCCAGUCUUCUUGUCGCUAUCUGUUCUCAUCUGCAGUACCUCAUGGUCUAUUUUCGCCCUCCUUGGAAAGGACCCUUUCAUUCUUGUACCAAAUGUCGUUGGAACUCUAUUAGGAGCAGUGCAGUUGAUUUUAUACACAAUUUAUCGUGAUAACAGAAGGGAAGUCAAGAAAGAUGAAAUGAAUGAUGUAGUGGAGAUGAGGAUUGAAAAACUCCAGGAUAAAGAAGCUAGCUGACACCCAAAAUGCAUGAGAAUGGAAAUUCAUAAAUUUCAUUCAAAUGUACGCAAAGUUUCUUAAGUUAUAUGCCUACUUAAAAAGUAUUAUCCUGUAACACUCCGUUUGGAUCGAUAGUUAUGGUUGCUUCUUUCAACUGUCUGGGAGCAUAUGCAACCACUUACCUUUCUAUACCUAUAAGAAAAUUAAAUACUGAGAUUGUGGUUAAUGCAGUCUUAAGCUUCUGAAUGCUCAA